GCACCAAUAUUUCUAGUUGACUAGGUCGGCAUAUCCCGAGGAUGUGACAUGUAUCUCCGUGUGAUGUUUACACUUUGCUACAGUUCUUUGUCUCAAGCAUAAUAAAUCAUGAUGUCUGGGGCAUAGAUACAUGUAUUUUUUUGUAUAAGAAACAUUGCCAUCAUACCAUUUUUGGAUCAAGAAUUUUCGGAUCAACAUUUUCAGAACUUUUUUCUUAUUUUUUUCAGCACUCGAAAUAGCCGAGGCGGCUCAUACGAAAACUCCAGGAUAAGGUAUCUGGUAGUUCUACAGAGCAGCAGCCAUGGUGUUGAUCCUGGGCAGACGGCUGAACAGGGAGGACUCUGGGACCCGGGACUCCCCCGCUGUCAAACGAAAGGUGUUCGAGGUGGACUCCAAGACGCUGACCGGUAAUGAAGUGCUGGACUUCUCCUCCGGCUCCUCCCACUCAGAGGCCAUUUUGCAGGUGUUCAAUGAGUUCCGCGACAGCCGCCUCUUCACCGACGUGGUCAUCAGCGUGCAGGGCCGCGAGUUCCCCUGCCACCGCGCUGUGCUCUCUGCCUGCUCCUCCUACUUCCGCGCUAUGUUCUGCAACGACCACCGUGAGUCACGCGAGAUGCUGGUGGAGAUCAAUGGCAUUCUGGCCGAGGCCAUGGACUCCUUCCUCAGCUACGUCUACACAGGUCGCGCCAAGAUCACCACCGACAACGUGCAGUUCCUAUUCGAGACCUCCAGCCUCUUCCAGAUCUCCACGCUGCGUGAAGCCUGCGCCAAGUUCCUAGAAGACCAACUAGACCCUUGCAACUGCUUGGGAAUCCAGCGAUUCGCAGAUGCCCACUCUCUGAAACAGCUAGCCAGCCGCUGCCGCUCAUACGCCCUGGCCAGCUUCCCUGAUGUGGCCCAACACGAGGAGUUCCUGGACCUGAGGAGGGACGAGCUGGAGGAGUACAUCUGCAGUGAUGAACUGGCCAUCGGGAAGGAGGAGGUGGUGUUUGAGGCGGUGAUGCGCUGGGUGUACCACAGUGUGGAGCCCCGGAGGCCCGUGCUUAAAGAACUGCUGCACCACGUCCGCCUGCCCCUGCUGCACCCCAACUACUUUGUCCAGACAGUGGAAGGAGAUCAGAUCAUUCAGACCGCUCCAGAGUGCUACCAGCUCCUCCACGAGGCCCGACGGUACCACGUACUGGGCAACGAGAUGAUGUCACCCAGAACCCGCCCACGCAGGUCAACAGGCUUCUCAGAGGUGAUCGUGGUGGUGGGGGGCUGUGAAAGGGUGGGGGGGUUCAACCUGCCUUACACAGAGUGUUACGACCCUGUGACAGGAGAGUGGAAGUCCCUGGCCAAGCUCCCAGAGUUCACCAAGUCAGAGUACGCCGUCUGUGCCCUCCGCAACGACAUCCUGGUCUCAGGGGGCCGUAUCAACGGCAGAGAUGUGUGGAUGUACAACUCUCAGCUCAACCUAUGGAUCCGAGUUGCUUCACUCAACAAAGGACGCUGGAGACACAAGAUGGUGGUCCUACUGGGGAAGGUCUAUGCAGUGGGAGGGUAUGACGGUCAGAGUCGUCUGAGCAGUGUGGAGUGCUAUGACUCCUUCUCUAACCGCUGGACAGAGGUGGCUCCCAUGAAGGAGGCGGUCAGUUCUCCGGCCGUGUCCAGCUGUGCUGGGAAACUCUUUGUCAUCGGGGGAGGGCCCGAUGACAACACUUGCUCUGAUAAGGUCCAGUGCUAUGAUCCAGAGGCAGACACCUGGGCGCUAAGGACAAGCAUUCCCAUCGCUAAGCGCUGCAUCACGGCGGUCUCCCUGAACAACCUGAUCUAUGUGUCAGGAGGUCUCACCAAGUCUAUCUUCUGCUACGACCCUGCGGAGGACUACUGGAUGCACGUGGUGCACACCUUCAGCAAACAGGAGAGCUGUGGAAUGUCGGUGUGUAAUGGGAAGAUCUUCAUCCUGGGUGGGCGGGGUGAGAACGGCGAGGCCUCUGACUCCAUCCUGUGUUACGACCCGGCAACGGGCAUCAUCACCGGCGUAGCGGCUAUGCCUCGCCCCAUCUCUUACCACGGCUGUGUCACCAUCCAUCGUUACAACGAGAAGUUCCACCACCGGCCCUGACCCCACAAACACACACACAAACACACAGGCUUGUACAUAAACAUGCUUUAAAAGACAUUCACUCACACAAAAAGACUCUUCAGACACGCGCUCUCUAAAAAGGGUGCAGAUAGACAUGCACACACUGUCAACCCUUUUAUUUCCUCUCUCAAGAAGCAACUAAUUUAGAAAUUCAGACCACAGCCCCAGUUUCAGUUGAACUUGUUUCCUUAUUGUCCCAUGAUGCUGGUAUUGUGGUAUUCCUGCUAUGCUACUCCAGAUCCAUCUAUGCCUGCCAGUUGACUUUGUUAGGGUGGUUGUUCAAUGGAAAACCAAACCAUAGACUGGCUGGUAUGCCACCAGACACCACUAUGUCUGUGUUUAGAUAGAGCCUUGAUGGAGCCCGUGGCAGGAUCAGAUCAGAGCAGGCAGACAUGCGCCAGGGUUGACAUUUUGUCGGCCGGUGAUUUUCAAGCAAAUAACUGCCGGUUUCAUGGUAAUUGACCGUUAAUUAACAUAAACACAUUUAGCAUCUCCUGGCUUCCACUCAUAGCCUACAAGCCACUGAUGCAGACCUUUGGAAUAUAUACAUUGUUUAAAAGUCUUAAUAAAUCCAUUUAAUAUGGCCUACACCUUCACAAUUAAUCCGUAAUUUAUUUUAGACAGGUCUAAAGAAACAUGAUAUGAAGAAACCACCAUUCUCAAAAGUGACCGCAAAUGUGAUUAUGAUUGUAAUGCUUCAUUAUCUUCCCCAAACUUGGAACUCACAAGCAGCCUAUGUAUGUCAGUUAUUCUCCACACCGGUUGUAAAGGGGAUGCAUGUGCUUAAUUCUAAGAAGUUAAACGGACCACUUGAGUUGUAAUACUAACCUUAUCAAAACAUAUAGGCCUAUGGGCUAGGCUACAUUAGGUGUGAUACUAACCUUAUCAAAACAUAUAGGCCUAUGGGCUAGGCUACAUUAGGUGUGCGACUAUCAUUUGAAAAAGUCGACAAAAAAAGGCAUGCACUGUUUCUUGUCUUACUGGUCACACUGGGCCUCAUUCACAAGUGAUAAUACACCAUUCACAAGUGAUAAUAUUGUUAUCAGACUAUUCUUAAUUUGUUAUCAGACCAUUCUUAAUUUUUGUCUUUACUGUACAUAUACUAAAUAAUAUAUGUGUGAAAUUAGUUUUGAUUUUGAAUGAACCAUUAUCAUACACUUGUCUCAACAGGGGCGGGGGAAAAAUAUGUGUCAUCUAGGCACUUAAAUAGCGAAUGGAGGACUCUUUUCCCUGGUUAAUUUUCAUGCCUGCCAGGUAGGCUGUACUCCUGUUGUAAAGAGCAGCAAUGUGCUUAAUAUUAGGAAGGUUGAGAAAUAAAUAUAGUAGGCCUAGUCUAUAGAAAACUGAUGGGAGCCUCCUCUUUUUAGUAGAAGCCAUCACUCUGUUUUCUCACACAAUUGCAUAGCCUAUAGAAAUGUUGCGCAACGUGAGCUCAUGGUCUCUCAUGAAGUGUUUGAUUUGAUUUUCCGAUCACAUUUGCAUUGAUGUUAGAGUGAUUAUAGGGACAAUAGAGUGCUGAGUACCAGGCAGUUAGCAAGUUUGGUAGGCUACUAAUGACCACCAGCUGCAUCAGAGCGCAGUUUUGGAGAAGCCUAGUUACCGUGACUAAACAGUCACGUGGAAUUUGACUGCGGUCAUGACUUGUGAACGGCGGUACAGCGGUAAUAUGGUCACUGUAACAGCCCUAGACAUGCCUAGCAGCAGUGAGUAGGCCACAUGCAUUCUUGUGCCAGUAGCAGCUCCUCAUCUCCUCUUCCUAAGAACCAGAGAU